AGGACUCGCCUUGAGAGCACCCAGGUGGGAGAGGAUCACCGCCUGCCCACUACACUUUCUUGAGUCCCCCGACCCCGCCAGGGGGCCCUACGCACCACCCUGUCAGCCUUUGAGACUCCCCGGUCUCCCUUUGCGUCACUUCCGGCAAAAGAGGGUGGGAAGGUGUCACUCUAGGCUGCGAACUCGUCUGCUCUGAAGUGAGAGCGGAUUGCGCGCGCCGACUGGUGACUCCUGAAGAGAUCCAACCUGGCACCUUGUUCCCUCUUCUGGCGGUUUCUGAGACGCGCUAGGCUGGCGCCGCGACCGAGAAAAGGCAUUGUCCGUGCCCGGAACUACCAGGACCCUGCUGAGUCUCGGGAAGCUUCUGCUGGAGCGAUGCCCCGGAAGCGGCGGCGACGUGGUGGCGUUCGAGGCAUCCCCUCCCGAGAGGAAGGCCGAACUGGCGGACGCAGCAUCUUCCCCUUCAGCCUGCUGCCCGUGGACUGUCAGCUGCACAUCUUUUCCUUUCUGACUGAGGCGGAAAAGUGCACGGCGGCAGAGGUGUGCCAAGCCUGGAGCCAGCUAAUGCGCACACCCCGCCUCUGGCGCACAGCCGAUUUCAUGCGGCUUGGUGCCUUCCAGUCUGGCCUGGAAGUGGUGCUGGUGUCAGCGCGAGAGUUUGAGCGCUGGAAGGACUGGGUGCACCAAUAUGCAUACCACCUCAUGGCUCGCGGGGCCAGCUUGCUGAGGCUCCGUGCCAGCUUUGACCUGGCUGACCAGGGGGCUCGCUGGGCCGACUUCCUCACUGGCUUCCUGGAAGGUGUCCACUGUGGGGACCUUCGGGACUUGGAGCUGAACUGGACCCUGACACAUCUAGAACCCCCAGACUUCUACCCACCGGGCACGUGCAGCAUGACCCAGGUGAGCCUCACCAAGCUGGACCAGAUCCACAAUUUCCAGGUGCUGUUGGAGAGGCUGCUGGUCAGGGCACCCCGCCUCAGCCGAGCCAAGCUACCUUUUGACUGGUCUGCCCGAUCAGUGGCAUUGCUCACUCGCUUCCAGCAGCUCCGAACCCUGGAGCUCAAAUACUUCUGGAGCUUCAAAGGUGUAUGUCCAGAUACCAUGCAGGAACUGACAAAGGCUUUGCCUAACCUCAAGACCCUGGUCCUGCACGUCCUGGUGCCUGUUAAGGACCUGGGUGUAUCAUAUGCACUUGAGUCCCGAUCCCUGGAAACUCUAGAUGUAUCCCAGAGCAGGGGCCUAGUUUUCCGACACCUUGACCUGCCAGCACUUAAAGCCCUUCGGGUAAAGAAGACAGUCAGGGGUAUCAUCCUCAACUGCCGCACCCGUCUGGCCCUGCAGAGCCGCUGGGCCUGUCUCUACACACUUCUGUGCCGUGGAACUCCCAAUCUUCGAGUCCUCAAUAACCAGACCCUGCUGCCUCACUGGCGGGAGCAGGCCUAUAAGGAACUGCAUGCCUUAUUACUCCAGGCCUGCUAUUGUACCCGCCAUUCAGAUACCUGGCUCCUAUGAAGGUCAUGGGAGCCCCCACCCCCUUCCCCCAAUGUUCCUAGCUCUCAAGGUAUGGGCCCACCAAACAGUAAGGAAGUCUGCUACCCUAUCCCUCAAAGCACCAGGUUGGAAAUGAGGGAAGUGCGAUUAGGGCUGAAGGAAUGCUGAACAGGGGAGGCUGGGUUCAUUGGGACUAUUUGUAAUGGAGGAGACCUUUACAUUGGUAUUGCCUUUAUUCUUGGUGUUGUGGUCUGUGAGCAUCUGUGACCUCGACAGGUUGGGGAAUGGACUGGGUGGGGGUUGAGAGGUGGUAGGGAGGAAUAUUAGGGGACUGGCCACAAAUUCAGGUUUUAUGCAUGGGUCCUGCAGUUACAGAUAAAUAUCCCCAGGAAAACAGCCACCUGGGCCCACUCCCACCCCCACCCCUAUUUUACCCCAUCCCCACCCCCCAAACCUAAACUUCCAGCCCUAGAACAAUCCUGCCAUUGCGUCCAACAUGGAAUGGAGUAUAGGACGUAACACUCUUAACACAACCCAUUCAGAAGCACAUACUGAGAAGGGCUCAUCCUGGUUCUGCCAAAGCUCAAAGCAAGAGAGGCAUAGUCUUGGGAUGAUCCUGCAUAAAAAGCAAAGCAGAGAAAUGCUGCCUCUCCUUGUACUUACCCUCCCCCCACAUAUACAUAUAUAU